AUGGCCUCGAUGAAACCCGAUGAGGGAGAUGUCUUGGCACCUCCACAAUCAAAUUUAGGCCUUGGGGAAGAUGAUCCAAUAGACGACGACGUCAAAGAGCUCCGGGGCGGCACCAUUGCAAAGCUUCAAGGCGGCGCCAAAGGCAAGAAAGGCAUGGACGUGGUGACUGUGCUGGCCUCGGCCUGGGCGACGCUAGUCAAUGCUUGGGCUUGGGUGACGCCUUGGACAGAGGAGAAGAGGGCGCCAAUGGAGAGGAUGACGAUGCCUUGCACCAGUAGAGACAGUGCUGUGGGUGCUGGCAUGGGCGAUGCCAUGCAAGGUGCUUGUCUGGGCGAUGCUAGCUUGGGCGCUGAUGGCCUGGACGAUGCCAGACAAUGCUUGGGUGUUUGGCUUGGGCAAUGCCAAGCAACGUCUGG